AUGUCGGAGGAGGCGCAUGCAGAAAGCCCCCCUGACGCGGGGGCGCAGGACGAGAGCAACAAGCGCCGGCAGGAAGAGAAGCCAGCAGAGGCGGAGAAUGCGCGCGAUGCGGGAGAGCGCACAGCUGAAUCCGUCGAAGGCGGAGUAACAACACCAGCCGCAGCAGCAAGCGGUGCAGAAACGAAUGCGACGGAACCAACAGGGGCUGCUGCCGAGGCGGAGGUUGAAUCCAGUACCGUCAGCCUCAUGCAGCAGCAGAGAGGCCGAAGACCUUCCCCUGCAACGGCUACCCCCAAAAACUCUCCGGCAACAUUCUACGGCAAUAGCAGAGGGGUCUGGCCGCAGUCGCAGCAGCAGCAGGGAGCUGGCGAUUCUGACCCUUUCCGCGAGCUGGCCUACUUCACGCUGCUGCAGCAGGAGCUGCAACAACGACAACACAGUCCUGCAGCCGAAGCGCCCGCCGCUGCAACAGCUUCGACGGCGGCGGCAGCUGCGUCGGAAGCUCUAGCCGAAGGGGCAGCGGAGGCGCACUUUAUCCAGCAGCUAGAGUCCGCUCGUAACUACGAAGACUGCAAACAACUGGUCAUAUCCAUCCUCCCGCGGGCUGCAAGCUCCCCCCAGGUGCAAUCGACCGCCGCAUUGCGACUUGCGAUUUGGGGUAGCCGGGAGUUCAGGGAGUUGCAGCAACAGGAGCAACAGCGCGCUAGGAGGACUGCGCAGACGCAAGCAGAAACAAAUCUGUAUGGCGGUCCUGCACCAGGCAGAGCGCUCUCAGAGGGGCCUCUCUUGGAUUUCCAACUCGACGAACGGUACAUGGAUUUCAAGCAGCGCAUGCGCCUGGCGCUGCAGCAGCUGCUGCAGCAGCUGCUGCGCAAUUCGCACGGCACGCCCUUGACCGCUGAUUGCUUGUGCAACGUCUUAGGGGCAGCCGCGCUUUCAAGGGUGUUGCCUAUGGACUCUAUUCGCCUGGUGGGAGGCGCCCUUAGAGGCUGCCUUCAAAGCCUGACUCCGAAGGAGCUGGUCAGGAUUCUGAGCAACUACGCCAAAUGCAUGCAGCUCGAAGGCGAUGCUCAUGGGGGCAUCAACAUCACGGUCGAGGAUCGUGAUUUCACGCAGCGCAUCAUUCAACAGCUGCUGCGCUGUACAGACACCCCAGCAGAGGGCCUGAAGGCGGAGACCCGCGAAACCCUCACAACCCUAAACCCUAAGGAGCUGACGCAGUUACUUAGGGCCUGUGACAGGCUGUCGCUGGAAUCACCUGAACUGAUGCAGCACGUUGGACAGCUUUCCCUCAAGAAGCAAGCAAAUUUCUCGCCUGACGACUGGGGCACCGUCGUUUGCGUGUUUUCGCGAAUGGGCAUUCCUUUGCGGGGGGACUGCAAGAAGCAAAAGAGGCCAAAACAGAGCAGGGACUGGGAAAAGCCACCCCCUCCGAAGAAACCCGUGCCAAUUAGUCAAUGCUAA